AUGGAGUCCAAUGCAAAACGGAGACAUAUCCCGCAUUGGCCUCCUUUCAAACAGCCAUAUCAACAACUAGGUUCGGCCGAGAAUGUCCAACUCACUCCCCUCCCUCUGACCGGGGGCUCUCAGCGGUCCAGCCUACGCAGUACAUAUCUGUUCAGUCCAGACUCCAACAGUGCCACCGCGUACACCCCGGAUCCGUUGGCCAGUACAUCCACUGCGUUUCUGCGGCACUCGAGCAGACAAGACUCCAACAGGAGGAGCAGGAGGAGAUGGCUAGGACAAGGAUGGAAGGCCAGCACGCGCAUCGCACUGUUCGCCGCGGUCGUGGUGCUGGUGGCCAACGUCUCCAUCACCAGCGCCAUUGUCACCAACGGCAUGGACAUGCAGGGAGGAGUCUGGAUGGUCUAUGCCGGAAGUUGCGAGCAGAUCGAGACCAAGGACACCUGGGUCCAUCUGGCGCUCAACGUCGUCGCCACCAUCCUGCUAGCCAGCUCGAACUACUGCAUGCAGCUGCUCUCCGCGCCCAGUCGAAGCGAGAUUGACCGCGCCCACGCAAAGCGCAAAUGGUUGGACGUCGGCAUCCCGAGCAUUCGCAAUCUGGGGUCUUUGCGCAAGAAGAAGGUCAUCCUCUGGUGGGUGCUGGGGAUCUCGUCGAUCCCUCUUCAUCUCGUAUACAACUCCAUCUUCUUCUCGGCCCUCGCAACUAACAACUACAACGUUCUGUACGCCUCGGAGAGCUUUGUCGACGGCAAUUCAUACGACACAACCAGGUUCGCCGACACGGGAGCAUGCAACGUGUCGGACAUACAGUCACGGGCGAAGAAUUUCCUGGCGCUCAGCAACCAAGACUGCAUUCACGCAUACGCCAAAGACUUCGUCGAAGACCGACGCAAUGUGAUCGUAGUGGUCAAAAAUCCUCCUGCAGGCCAGGGCUCGCUGUUCAGGGUUGCCGCCAACGAGUUCCCGCCCGUCAUCACCACCAAGUACGACCCGUUCUCCUGGAUCUGCGACAACGCGGCUGUCGUCAACCAGACCGGUGCGUGCUGCGAGAACGAAUUCGGAGUUGUGCCGUGUUCGAAAAUCACGCCCAAGCUGCUCGACAUGGCCGGCCAGUGGUCGACCGGCGGUUUCGAAGUCGACCAUUGCCUCUCCGAGCCGGUCGAGUCGCAGUGCCAUCUGCACUUCUCGCUGAUCCUGAUGAGCGUCGUGCUGGGCUUCAACGUGCUCAAAGUCAUCGCGGUCGGAUUCGUGGCGCUGCGACUGGGCGAAGCGCCUCUCGUGACGGCCGGCGACGCGAUCCAAUCGUUCCUGCUCAACCCAGACCACACGACCGAGGGCAUGUGUCUCGCCAGCCACAGCAGCGUCGUGGCCUCCUUGAAGCUGGGCUAUUCCGCGAUGCCGACGCCGACGCGGUAUUCGCCCCAGCAGUAUCGCUUCCACGAGUCCGCCAGCUGGCGACAGUGGGGUUUCUUGCUGGGCCUGUUCGCGCUGCUGGGGACCGGGACGUCCGUCUGUCUGGCGCUGGGCAUCGAGCAUUUCAACGGCGACCGCACCAUGCAGCACGCCUGGUCGAUCGGGCUGGGCAACGUGCGUCCGCAGAACCUGAUCAUGGGCUGGAACCUGCCCGGGUCCGGCAACACGUCGAUCACCGUCUCGACCCUGAUCGCCAACACUCCCCAGGCGCUGUUCUCGUUCCUGUAUGUCUGCUACAACAGCCUGUUCACCGGCAUGUUCCUGGCGCGCGAGGUCAUGCGCUUUGGCAUCUCCGCUGGCCGUGGUCGUGGCCGCGGCCGCAAAUAUCUGCGUGUCAGCGACCCACGCGGCUCGCAGAAGGCGACUUAUUUCCUGAAUCUGCCGUACAGAUACGGCAUUCCUCUGCUGGUCGGCUCCGGCCUGAUGCACUGGCUGGUGUCGCAGAGCGUCUUUCUCGCAAACAUCACCAUCAUCCCCCGCGACGGCCUCGUGCCCAUGCAAGACGAGAUCACCACCGUCGCGUACUCGCCGCUGGCCAUGCUGCUUCUGCUGUUUCUGGGCUUCCUUCUGCUGGGGUUUCUGCUCGCCACGGCCUUGCGGAAGUUGCCCUUCUGUAUGCCUCUCGCCGGCAGCAACUCGCUCGCCCUCAGCGCCGCGUGCCAUCCGCCCCUCGGCCCGGACCCGGAUGUCGAGCGUGAAGAUAUGGUGCUUCGCCCCCUCAGCUGGGGCGCCGUGCCGGGAGGGUCCAAGAAGGUCGAUCUGGGCAUUCGGGACCACCAUGCUCAGGGGUUUGAAGACCAAAUGGGUGCCGUUGACGACGAUGGUAGAGGGAUCGGACAUUGUUGCUUCAGUGAUCGGGCGCUGGACUUCCCCGAGGUCGGCAAAUUGUAUGCCCGGACUUCUGGUUCCGUUUACUCUUGA